AUGUUGUCCUCUCUCAUUCUCUUCGGAUUUGCUAGUCUUAUCAACGCUGCUGCUCAAAAUUCAGUUUGCCUCCCUACUGGCGGCGUUCGCAAUACUUUUACUGUCAACUUCGACGAUCUUAACGCCACUACUGCUCUUCACCCUGCUCCCACCCUCUACGAGGGCUUCAAGUUCGAUCCUUCCUGGAACAUCGUUCAGGCUGGCCCGAACAUUCCGUUCAUCCCGCAUUCUCCGUCAAACGUUCUUGUUACCGGCCCCAACUACAACAACACCCACGCUGAGUUCUCCGUUGCCGAGAAGGGUGACGCCUUCGAUGUUGUCUCUCUCUGGAUGAUUGGUUGUUUCGUCAAUCCCCGCUAUUUCUCCAAUGACACCGCAUGCCUCACCACCUUUACCGGUAAAAGGAUCGAUGGUUCAGUUGUUUCUUUCGAGAGGCCCGUCAGAAAGACCACCAUGGAGAUUAUCCAAGACUUUCCUGACAGAAAGUUCACCAAUUUGGUAUCUUUCCAUAUGAAGAAUAGGUGGGAAAUUAAGAACCAAACAAGUGGUCAUCCCGCAGGAAGGUUCGGAAUCGAUAACAUCGUUAUCAACAAGGUUGAUCCUACCGCCUCUUGUGCUGCCAAAAAGUAUGCUAGAUAUGUCAAGUAUUAA